UUACCUUUCUCAACCCUGGCAAAACAUUAAUGUUGCAAUGUUAUUAAAAAGCAUGCGUAAAAAAACAUCACACGUAUAAUUAAUGUUUAUUAAUGUCAUUUAAACAUUAAUACAAAAUUCUUGUUUUAAAAUACAUCUAUAUGUGUUAGUGACAGUGUUUUUUGUGUAAGUCGAGGUCAAAGAGUUCGUUUUUAAACGUAAAAUAUAUGAUGCAAAUUUUCCUGCAACUGACGUUUGCAAUUGAGAAAAUAGAAUCGUGAGAAAAAAAAAGAAAUGGUAUUCAUGGAUAUUUUUCGAAAUUUUCUUGGUCUGAAAAAAUACGACAAUCCAAAUGUCAGACCUGAGGAGCCAAAUGAAAAUAAAUUCCGAAAACCAAUUUGGAUUAAUAAUGAUGAUGAUGAUGACGAUGAAUACAGUAGUGACUUUAGCAGAGAUCAGAAUAAAGAGAAUGUACAUGUCGAAAUAUUUGUAGAUCCAUUUGAUAUGAGUCAUUUUGAAUCACAAAUAAAUAAUAUAAUGAAAAGUUUCUUUGGUGGAUUUCCAGGACAAGCUGGAGGAAUUUUUGGUCAAUUUGAAGAUAAUUCCUCGUCGGUGUUUGCAUUACCGGAACCACCAAGGCACUCGAAUCGAACUGGAAAUAAUUUACGUGAUCAAAUUCUACAGCGAGAAUUUGAAUCCACUGAUAAUUUUCAAAAUCAAGCGAAAGCAGAUCAGGAUUUAGAUGGAAAAAUUAAUAAAGAAUCUCUCCUGAAAUUUUGGCAAGAUCCAACGAGUCAACAAAUUGAAUCAAUAAAUGAACCGCAAAAAAAAUCAUGCGUCGGAUGUUUCUCCGGAUCAUUGUCAUCGACACGAAUAAUAAAGAGAAGUGACGGUACAAUUGAGAAACAUCAAACAUUUAAAGAUAAUGAUGGCAAUGAGCAAACAAUUGUUCGCCGACAAAUUGGUGAUAAAGUUCAUGAGCUCAUAACAAAUCGUAAUAAAGCUGGAAAUGAAACCACAACCGAGAAUUUUAUUAAUAUUAAUGAAAAUGAAAUAAAAACAUUCAAUGAUUGCUGGAAAUCGGAUAUUGAUCAAAAUCCACAAAUGGACUUUGGUCCAAGAAAUUUAUUCCCAUGGCAUGAAUUUUUUGGUCCCGGUGCAAAAUUAUAGAUAAAUCGUAAUUUUCUUUUUGAGAUUUAAAAAAUUUCUUUUAAACAAAAACUUUUUAUUUUAAAAAAUAAUUUUCUUAAUUUUGCAAAACUAACAUUAAUUACAAAUUUUUUAAUUGAAAACAUUUUAAAUUUUUCUUUGUAUAUUUAAUGUCUAAAAAUGGAAAAUUUAUAACUAAUUAAAAUUAAUCCUCUUUUUUUAUUUAAAAAAAAAGGAAAUUAAAAAUCAAAUUUUGAAACAAAAAAUCGAAAAUAUAUUUUAAGAAAAAACAUUUUUAAAGAAUUAAUUUUUUGUUCUUCCAAAGUUUUUUUUUAUGUAAAUUUUUCAUUCUAAUAGAAAUUAGUUAAAUUGUAAUUAUAUAAAAUUAAAUAAAAUAAUUAAAUAUGAAACAUUGAGAAUUUAACGGUAAAUUGUUUAUUUACUGCUUUGUAUAUAUAGUCUGUACAUAUUACAUAUAUACAAUCUAAUAAAACAUUAUUGUACGGGUAAUCAAAUGUUUGUUCUCGCCUCUUAGAGAAAGAACCAUUUUUUUUUCCUGAGCGAUUACGACGCUGCGCAACUUACCACGAACAAAAAUUAAUAAUUAUCUAUCUUUUUAUUUUUUAUUCAAGGUAAUGCACUCACAAAAAAAAUUUCCCCUCCCGAGUGUUUUGCCAAAAAAAAAAUUUAAACAUACAUUUUUCCCCCCCGAAACAAAAAUAAUAGUUUCAGUGCAUUUUUUUUAGGUGCAUUAUUUUUUUCUGUUUAAGUUUCUCACAAAACUAUAAAUAUUUAUAUUUAUAUAAUAUUAAAAAUUUAAAUUAUACAUGCAGCACACAAAAAAAAUUUACAAUACUGCUUAAUUCAUAUUUUACUUAAAUUCCAUUUUAUUUUCUCGAUUUUAUUAAUUUUUGUUAAAAAAAAUUCCAGGUAAAUUCAUAAAAUUUCUACUAUUGAAUAAUUUUAGUUGCAAAAAUAAUAUUUGAAAGAUUUAAAACAAAACGGAAAAUAAAAUCGAGAAAUUAAAAUAUUUUUCUGUUCCAUCAACUGAAAUAAUUGUGCUAAGAAUAAAAAGAUUGAUUUAGUUAAAUAGUGAUUAUAAAAAGUAAAACAUAAAUAAAUUGUUUCGUCGUAACAAAUAUCAGUUCUGCUUCUUUUUUUUUUUUUUUUUUGUUUCAUGAAAACAAAACAUUUCGCGCAUGUUAUUAAUCUACAAAAUGAAUACUCGCUACGUUUGUAAUUGCUUAAAAAAGAAAUAAAUUACAAAAAUUUUUUUUUAUAUAUUUAUCCUUGUGAAAUUUCUCGAAAAUUGAAUUUACAUAAUCGACAAUUUUUCAAGAAAUUUGGAAAGGAAAAAUCUUUAAAAAAAAUUUUUUUGAAUUUAUCAUAAAAGCGCAGGAGCAAUGUGUAUAAUAAAUGUAUCGGUGCAUAAAUUUUAUAUCUAUAUCUAUAAUACAAGUUAUUUACAAACAAAGAUGUAUUUAUAUAUAUUUUAGAAAGGGAAACAAUAAAUUUUUUUUUAAAUUCGUUUACAAUAUUUAUAAAAAACAAUCAAAAGUAUAGGAAAUUCUAGAAAAAAAAUUCUGAGAAAUAUGUUUUGUAAUAUUCAAAAUUUGACUAAAUUUUUACUCGGUAAGAAAAUUUUACUUAAAAUUAAAAAUGUAUUUUUUUAAAUUUAAUUUAAUAAAAAUUGUAUUUGAUCGCCAAUUGCUUGAAAUUUAUAAUUUUGAUUUUAAUUCUGGUAAAUAACAUUUUUCCUAGUAAUUCAAAAAAAAAUUUCUAUUAUAAAAUGAAAAUCGAAAAAGUUAUUCUAAUAAAAAAUUUCUCUCUUUUCAAUUCCAAUUACAAUUUUUGCAAUGAGAGAAAUAAUUAUCGGUAAGGCUUUUAAAAAUUGAUUUCUCAAAAACAUUUAAAUAAAUCUAAAAAUGUCAAUUAAAAUUUUUUAAUUUUUCUCUUAAAUAAUUUAUAAUUACUUUUUUGUACAAUUUAUAGUACUGUACAGAUGGAAAUUAAUUUUUUUUAUGAGAAAAUUCUCAUAUAUUAACUAUUAUGCGAUAAAUUAUGGGAAAAAAGAAAUAAAAUUAAAAUAUCUCAAUUUUAAGAUUCUUCGUGGAAAAAAUUUACUAACAUGUCUUGAGAAAAUAAAUCUCAAGGAAAGAAGUUUUGAGAAUCUAUAGAAAAAAGAGUAUUAAAAAAAUAGAUUUUGAAGAAUCUUAAAAUUUGUUUCUUUUUUUCAAGAAAAAAAAAAAGAGAAAAUUCUCUUCUUUUUUCUUUUUGUCUAUAUAAAUCUGUUCCAGACAGUAUACACAAUAUUAUUGUCCCUGUGAUAAAUAAGAUUUAAUUUUUUUUUUUUUUUUUAAUAUUUACAAAUACUCAUUGGAAAGAAAAACAUUAUAUUCUCGUUCCAGGGACUCAAUUAUGUAUCGUUAAAAGGAAUAAUAA